GCCACGUCAGGCGGGGCGGGGCGGGCCGGGAGCGGGGCUGGAGCAGUGGGAUGCGGGCCGGGAUGCGGGCCGGGAUGCGGGUGCUGGCCGUGCUGCUGUGCGCGCUGCGGGCCGGCGGCACCGAGCUGACCUUCGAGCUGCCCGACAGCGCCAAGCAGUGCUUCCACCAGGAGCUGGAGCGCGGCCUCAAGUUCACGCUGGACUACCAGGUGAUCACCGGGGGACACUACGACGUGGACUGCUACGUGGAGGACCCCAACGGCAGGACGAUCUACAAGGAGACCAAGAAGCAGUAUGACAGCUUCCUGCACCGUACCGAAGUCAAGGGCGUCUACACCUUCUGCUUCAGCAAUGAGUUCUCCACCUUCUCCCACAAAACCGUCUACUUCGACUUCCAGGUGGGCGAUGAGCCACCGAUCCUGCCCGACAUGAGCAACCGCGUCACCGCCCUGACACAGAUGGAGUCCGCCUGUGUCACCAUCCACGAGGCUCUGAACACAGUGAUCGACUCCCAGACUCACUACCGCCUGCGGGAAGCGCAGGACCGGAGCAGAGCCGAAGACCUCAACGGCCGGGUCUCAUACUGGUCGGUCGGGGAAACCCUCAUCCUCUUUGUGGUCAGCAUUGGGCAAGUGAUGCUGCUCAAAAGCUUCUUCACCGAGAAGAGACCCAGCAGCAGCGGGGCCAGCACCUAGAGCCGCAGCUGCUCUGUGCCCGAACUGCGCGGGGGGAGCGGGCAGGCAGCAUUCUCCUGGGUCACGCUUUACCUCUGUUUUUCACAAGUUGCUGCUGUGGGGAGGUGGCUGGGGGGGAGCAGGGGAUGAUGUGACACUGCUGAGCCAGGUGGAAAAUGGUCACCCAGGCAUGGGCAACCCCCAGCCAAUCCCCCCAGCAUCACCUCCCGCUUUGCUUUCGCCUGCCCUGCGGCCCUGUCCCCUCGCCCAGCCGGUCUGUCCCCACUCGCCAGCUCCACCAGGGAGGCGGGUGGGUGCGCUGGGGUUUGGCAUCAACACUCUGGUCCCUUGUCCGACGCCUGAGGCACCUUCAGAGCCUGAUGUGACUGCAAGGUGCAGCCCGGCAUCCAGCAAGGCCACACGCUGCCCAUGCACACCCAGCAGGACAGGGAGCUUUGCCCAGGCCGGCGAAGGGAUGGGGCAAUGCCAACCCACCCAGCACCCGCCUUCCGAGCACUCCUGCCCCUAGCCAAGUGCUGUAAGCCCGGAGCAGAGCUGCCCUGCAGGCUGCAAGCUCUGUGCCUGCAGGCAGAGGAGCGGUGAGCACAGCUCCCCUUUUUUCCCUAGGCCAGGGCCAAAGCCGGCAGCAGCGUCCCAGGAGCCACUGGCUCAAAAACAGAGCCAAGGUUUCAGCAGGGGCUUUUGGCUUGGUAGUUUCCAUUGCUUUGCAAGCCCCCAUCCUCACAGAGAAGCAUUUCCCAGGCCCUCCUCUGCCGUGAAAGCAAGCGGCAUGCCCCGUGCAAGAUGGUAUUUUCAUACUUGCACGAGUCCACUUGGCCACCCCACGCAUCCCACUGUGCCCAGCAGACAGCAGGAGCGGGCACAGCUCUGCCUCACCCGUGCCGAGGAAGCCCCAUCCCCACUGCAGCAGCAGCAAGGAACCCCCACGCCCCUGGGACUGCAGCCCUGUUCCCUGGAGCCCCCACAAAACAGAGGCCCCCACAAGACCCCUUGGGAGACCACCCUGUGCGAGAGCCCUGGGGAGACCAGUGCGCCAGCCACCACCACCAGCCCUCAAGCGGGCACAGGAUCGCUCCUCGGGAGCCAGAGCAGCACCGCUGGCGUUUUACUUUGCCACUUCGUAAUAAACCCCUGCGACCGUA